AUGUCGAGUGGUGAAGAUCAGGACUUGUUGAUUUAUUUCCGUCAACAUAUGAGUCGAUUUCAGUCAAUCAAAAGUGCCUACAUAAUUUUGAUACGCAAUAUAAUGUGUUUGAGAGGGCGGCCGACUGGAUUACCAUUGCUCGACUCUUGGCCACACAGCGGUGCUAUAGAAAUUCACAACUUCAGCAUACGUUACGGCGAAAAGUUCGCAGUGAAAAACGUAACACUUUCAAUAAGGGGAGGAGAGAAAGUUGCAAUAGUGGGUCGAACCGGUUCAGGAUCCUGUUUUGUUUCCUCCACAUUGCGCUUCAAUGUUGAUCCUUUCUAUCGAUUCGCCGACAGCGAUAUAUGGCUAGCUUUGGAGGCGUGUCAACUGAAGGAGAUGGUUUCCAAACGUGACCACGGUUUGAUGGCAGUGAUCGAAGAAGGGGGCAAGAAUAUGAAGGUGGUUCGAGAACAUUUUCGGCAUGCUACCACGAUUACCAUAGCGCACAAUUUGGAAGCCAUCGGAGAAUGUGACAGUACAAAGGAAAAUAGUUCAAUUCAUGAGCCAUGCACC